CCAAGCACUGCAAGCCUCAAAAAUGCCUUCCUCCGGUAUGAGGGAGCUCAAUCUCUCAACCGAUCUAUCGCGCCUCGAGCAUCUCUUGCUGGUCUCUGCUAAGAACCCCUUUCAAGUCCAUGGCUUCGGCUCGCGGCAGCGUCGGCAAAGACUCCUCUAAGCUGCCUCCAGAUCCACAACCCAAUGCCAGAGCCAGCCGAAAACGGGUCAAGCGCGAUGGUCGUCCGCAGUUCCAGUUCGUUACGGCAACUGAUCCCUCGCAGUUCAGGGAUGAAGACGCGAAAAGGAGCGUGCGGUCGCAGGCUAUGAUACACUGGAGACACGAGGAUUCUAUGCUAAAGAACAAACCCCUGGAGCCGACCGUGAAUUCUUUCCAAGAGAGACCGGAUCCGCUGCCUCCGUCUAUCCCGGCAACGUGGGGCCCUGGAUCCACAUCAGAGCAUCUCGUCAAGGUUGAACAGCCAAGCCAAUAUUUGACUGCCCGUCCUGAACCAAGCGACUUACAGCACUUCCAUGGUGUGCCUGUAACCACGUCACGCAAUCAAGAUGUGAUUGAACGAGUCGACUACGAAAAUAGACAUCGCGAUGAGGAGCGCCAAAUCCAGGUAUUCAUUGAGACGCUGGCUAGUUGCUAUCACAUCAGCCGCGAUCUUGACCCAUCCACUUUGUUACCCCGGUUCCAAAAUCCCGAACUGAACACCAUUUACCUUGUGCGUGAAUGCAUCAAAGCUUUUACGACGGAGUUAAUACACAAAAAGUGGACCCCUUCGCACCCACACAUCAUACUCAGCUCCACGCUGCCACCAUCCACGUGGCUUGACAUGCACGCAGGCUGCCCAGGCGAUAGUAAGCGAACCACCAUGGUCAAAGCGGAAACAAUCAAGAUGAUCAACGCUCGGCUUCGGAAUCCCGAAACCCGUCUCGAAGAUGCCACGCUCAUGGUCAUUGUCAACCUACUCGCUGGUGAGAUGUGGAGCUGUAACGAGAAGACACUGCGUAUGCAUGAGACUGCAGCGGCUAGGUUUGUUGUGCAGCGAGGUGGAAUGGAUUGUCUGGGCGGAAAUGGAGCGAUAGCCGAAGUGACCGCAGCAUGCUGUUACCAAUCCGAUAUAGUCUGCGAAUCAAAUCCACCGCCGCCAUUCCAAACUUGGGAGCCAUUUACGCUUGCUCCGAUCGAUUUAACAGACAUUCCGGAAUCUCCUCUGUUUUGUCAAAAGAAUGACUUCACCACGAUCAACAGAGCCAUGCACUGUUCAGCGCUUACCUACAGCCUACUUUGCGACAUGCGCAAUCUCACUGACUUGUUUAUAAGCCAUAACACAAAAUUGAAUACGACUCGAAUUGCGGACCCAGAGACAAGCAAACGCCUGGACUCUGCGUCGUUUGACUACAACAUGAAAGUCACCGGCAUACUCGAACGAGUGGCGUUGUUACCUUCGGCUGACACGCCAGGUCUCCCAACUUUCAAUGACUGGAUAUAUGAAUCUUGCCGCAUCACUGCCCUCAUCUACACGGCCGCGAUUGUUAUGUGUGUCCCUUUUUCUGUUGCGGCCGAUCCCGCUCGCAAUGUGGUUCUCUCCAGUUCAGUAAUCCAGACCGACUCCAAAGCUAGAGGGUAUGUACUCGCAAACCGUCUUACCGAAACUCUGUACGAAGUGUUAACACGUACCGAUACCGCCAACCUCUGGAACAACAUGUCCGGUGUGUUUUACUGGGUUAGCGCUGUUGGUGCUGCUGCUGCUCGCACGCCCACUGCAAUCGACAUGACGCAGCAGCCAGAGCUUCGAGGUGAAGCCUAUGCGAUGUGGGUACGGCGGUGUCUUAUCAUGUUUUCUACUCGCACUGUGAUCGUAGUGGUUUUCAAACACCCAAUACCUCUCAUAAUGGCUCAGAAGAGGCUGUUGAAGGUGCAGGAAUUAAUUGGCUCGUAUAGUUUCAGAGAUUUUGCCAAUCAAACAAGCCUCGAGCUCUCGCGAUGAAGUCUCUUGCUCGAUCAAAUCCCGAUCAUUGCUCAGUUCGCUAUAGCCCCGCCUCAUCUGAGCACAACAGUGCUCGUAUGAACGUCAGAGUUACAGUAGGGUGAAAGUUGGGAUCGAAAGGACGAUCAACAUACGGCCAGCCACGUUGUGUGUCUGAGACGAG